AACCAAUCUAAUUCAUUAACUCGAAGAGACGCAGCAACGACUUGUUCAUAUGGAGUGAAAUAGUUCAAGAUGAGGGGAGAACUGUUAUUUUUUGCGCUAUAUAUUGUGACGGUGUUCGCAAGUGCGGCAGCUGUUCCGUCACUUUCGGAUUUGCAGCCACAAGAAAACGCAACAGCACCGUUGGAGGAUCGAAUGCAAAAUGUUCGUGAAACUUUGUUUGGAAGUGGUAAAAGAAAACACAAGAAAAAACAUCGUUCAAGUUCCAAACGACAUCGACAUCACGGAUCAAAGAAACAUCAUAAGCGGGAAGAAAAUUCCCAGGACAAGGAUGAACGCCCACUUUAUUCUGGCUUGGGAGCCGAUUCAGACCCUUCAAGGAAAAUUGGUAUAGUUUUAGUACAGCAACCUGUUCAAAAUCCUGGACAUGGCUCAAAACCAUGGAAUCCGAAUGAAUCUAACAACCGGCCAACUCCCAAGCCAUGGGAAUCUAAUGAAUCUGACAAUCAUCCUGGGCAUGGCCAUGGCUCCAAACCAUGGGAUUCUGAUGAAUCAGAACAUCGCCCUGGCCACGGCCAUGGCUCAAAACCAUCGGAUUCCGAUGAAUCUGGACACCGUCCUGGCCACGGUCAUCAUCCCAAACCCUGGGAUUCUGAUGAGUCUGAACACCGCCCCGGCCAUGGCCACCACCCCAAGCCAUGGGAUUCUGAUGAAUCUGAACACCGCCCCGACCAUGGCCAUCAUCCCAAGCCAUGGGAUUCUAAUGAAUCUGAACACCGCCCCGGCCAUGGCCAUAAUCCCAAGCCAUGGGAUUCUGAUGAAUCUGAACACCGCCCCGGCCAUGGCCAUCAUCCCAAGCCAUGGGAUUCUGAUGAAUCUGAACACCGCCCCGGCCAUGGUCAUCAUUCCAAACCAUGGGAUUCUGAUGAGUCUGAACACCGCCCUGGCCAUGGUCAUCAUCCUAAACCUUGGGAUUCUAACGAGCGUCCUGGCCACAGCCACGGCAACAAGCCAUGGAAACCUGAUGAAUCUGGACAGCGUCCUGAAUCAGGCUAUGGAAAGAGACCAGGCUACGGAUCGCGAAGCUCUUAUGAAUCCGGUCAUUAUCCCGGUUAUGGAUCUCGAAGUUCUGGUGAAUACCAUUCUGGGCAUAGCCAUAGUUACGGAUCUAGGAGUUCCGAUGAAUCUGACUAUCGGCCUGCCUAUGGUCACGGGCAUAGGCCAUGGAGCUCGGGUGGCUACUCUGAUGAAUCUGACCGGUAUGGAUCGCGAAGCUCUGAUGAAUCAUAUUCCGGUUACGGAUCUAGACAUUCCUAUGAAUCUUAUCACUGGGAUGGAUAUGGUUCGCGAAGUUCAGAUGAAUCAAAUUACAGUUCAAGAGGGUCUGACGAAUCUUGGAGUCGAUAUUCGCGAGGAAGUGGAAGCUAUGAUGACUCACGAGGAUCCAGAUCUAGUAGAUCUCGAUAUUCUGAUGAAUCUCGAUGGAGAUCUAAUGACAAUAUCCCUGACGCAAUAGAGAGUCAACUUAAUCAGACUGAAAUGCCUACUGAGGAAAGUAAUAUCCAAGCGGAGAAUACCACAAAGUCCCAAACUACCGAUUUGAAAUAAUUUAAAUGUAAGAUUACAGUGUACCGUUAAAUUGUUAAUCCUAUGUAGUAUAAAAUAUUUUUGGAACAAAUCUGUUGAUUUGUUCAGGAUACAAGCAGUAUAUGUGUAAAUUAAUGAAAGCAGGAAUGUAGUUUGUAAAUAUGAUUGGAAAAAUAUCUUGUAAAGUGUCAUCUUAAAUUUAAUAAAAUUGCUAC